AUGUUGUACUCUAGUUUUCUCCUCGGCCUUGCUGCCACUGUGUCGGCAGUUGACAUACGCUUUUACAGUAACAACCAAGGCGCAUGCUACUCCGGUCCUUGGGUCGGCUGCGCUGGCUCCAACCCUCAGAACUGCUGUGUUGUCGCAGGUCGAUUCUCUGCCACCGUUGGUAUCGUCGCUGUGCCAAGUGACUGGACUCUGACCGGUAUUGGCUACCGUGGCGCUGGCUGUGAAACGUGGAAUCAAGCAGCUAUCGGUCGAGGUCGUGACUUCUGUCUGGGGGCCACUGGCUGGAGCUUCUCUGGUGCCUUUUACAGAUUCGGCGACUCCAAAAGGAGCGCGGAUGAGUGUGAAAGCUCACAGAAGGCGAACCAGCUUGGACUUGAGGAUGGCAGUAUUUAUGACAUCGCUGAUCUCACUGACGACCAGAUCGAAGAAAUGUGUGAUCCUGGCGACAAACGGAACAGCCACUGA